CUAUCGUAAUCCAAACGGAGGAGGACGUGGCAUCUUUCACAUCUGUUGUUUUUUCUGUUUUCUCUUUCUCUUCUUCCACCUCCACCACCAAUCAACCACCCCCAUACUUUCACACCACACUGCUACCUUCCCUCUCUCAAGAUCCAGGCGGCAAUGGCUUCCACUCUCCACGCCACCCAUGCGCUCAAACUCAGUAACACUCACUAUCACAAACAUUCCGCCUCCUCUGUAUCUUUCUUGUCUUGGCGGCGUGCGUUAGCCACCACUGACGAUGCCCCACUUUUCCCUACCCAUUCUACUACUACCAGCGUUAGAGGCAGAAAUUAUAGGGUACCAAGAAUUGUAUGCAAUGCUCAGGCUGUGAAUUUGGCUCCGGGCACCCCCGUCCGCCCAACCAGCAUACUGGUGGUCGGCGCCACCGGCACCCUGGGAAGACAGGUCGUCAGGAGAGCUCUGGACGAGGGCUAUGACGUAAGGUGCCUCGUUAGACCUAGGCCUGCUCCUGCUGACUUUCUCCGUGAUUGGGGUGCCACUGUUGUAAAUGCAGACUUGAGCAAACCUGAGACAAUACCAGCUACAUUGGUUGGGAUCCAUACAGUUAUCGACUGUGCUACCGGGCGUCCUGAGGAGCCCAUCAAAACUGUAGAUUGGGAAGGAAAAGUUGCUCUAAUACAAUGUGCAAAAGCAAUGGGCAUUCAGAAGUUUAUUUUUUACUCCAUUCACAAUUGUGACAAGCAUCCAGAAGUUCCUCUCAUGGAGAUCAAGUACUGUACAGAGAAGUUUCUUCGAGAUUCUGGUCUGAACCACAUUAUAAUCAGAUUAUGCGGUUUCAUGCAGGGCUUGAUUGGACAAUAUGCAGUACCUAUAUUAGAAGAGAAAUCUGUGUGGGGAACCGAUGCUCCUACUCGAAUAGCAUACAUGGACACCCAAGAUAUUGCUCGAUUGACAUUCAUAGCUUUGCGCAACGAGAAUAUCAACGGAAAGCUUUUAACCUUUGCCGGGCCCCGAGCAUGGACAACCCAAGAGGUGAUAACAUUGUGUGAGAGGCUUGCUGGGCAAGAUGCGAAUGUGACUACAGUUCCUGUUUCAAUUUUGCGUUUGACACGCCAGCUGACUCGUUUGUUUGAGUGGACAAAUGACGUGGCUGACAGAUUGGCAUUUUCAGAGGUUUUGACAAGCGAUAUUGUUUUUUCUGUUCCAAUGGCGGAGACGUAUAGUACUCUGGGUGUGGAAGCAAAAGAUGUAAUUACACUAGAGAAAUACCUACAGGAUUAUUUUACAAACAUAUUGAAGAAGUUGAAGGACAUUAAAGCACAAUCCAAGCAGACAGACAUUUACUUCUGAGAAGAUGAUGAUGAUGAUCCAGUAUAGUAUUAUAAUUGUAAAUGACGAGAUUUACUUCCUUCCAAGUUUGAGCCUUUUAAUUUCAUCUGCUGCUAUAUAUAUAUACUUGAUUGUUUUCAAGCUAAGUAUAGUUUUUAGUUUGGGGAUUGUAUUGUUAACUUAACUAACUCAAAGUUGAGUAAUAAUAUUAAACAUACAAAGCGCGAGUACGUGUAGUGCCAGAUGAAAGAUCCAAUUGGAAUGGAAGUUGGUUGAAUGUUACAUCUA